CUUUUCUUUUCUUCGUCUGUACGACCUAAAAAAACGUUUUAACCGCACGUGAUCUCAUCACACACCCACUCCCAAAUCUCCUACCAGAAAAAACCAUUCACCGAACACAAACUCACCGCCACACCCCGCCACCGCUCCACCACCGUAAUCCGUAAAUGGAAAAACCACCACCACCACAAUCCCCACAACCACCGCCACAAUCUUCCAACGAUAUUUCCCAAAUGCCCCCUCAAAACCCAUCCAAAAUCCCAAUCCGCCCCCAAAAAAUCCGCAAACUUUCAACCGAAUCCCCCACCAUUGAAACCACCACCCAACAAUCAUCAUCCACCAUAGCAGAAGCCGAUGCUUCUAAAGCCAUAAUCACCUCCACCCCAACCCCCACCACCACAAAACGCCGUCGUAACUCCACCAGAUCAGACCUGCCCAAAAUCAUCAAACCCUUAUCCGCUCCCGGCGAAAUCACCGCCGCCAUCCGCCACCUCCGAUCCGCCGACCCACUUCUAUGCAAGUUAAUUGACACCCACCCACCACCCACUUUCGACACACACCAACCCCCUUUUUUAGCAUUAGCAAAAAGUAUUUUGUAUCAGCAGUUGGCUUAUAAGGCAGGUACAUCUAUAUAUACACGUUUUGUAAGUCUAUGUGGGGGAGAAAAUGAGGUACUCCCUGAAACUGUGCUGUCUUUGAGUCAACAACAGUUGAAACAAAUCGGGGUUUCGGGUCGAAAAGCGAGUUACUUGUAUGAUUUAGCUAAUAAGUAUAGUAAUGGGAUAUUGUCGGAUGAAACGGUUGUGAAAAUGGACGAUAGGUCGUUGUUUACGAUGUUGUCGAUGGUUAAAGGGAUAGGGUCUUGGUCUGUUCAUAUGUUUAUGAUAUUUUCGUUGCAUAGACCCGAUGUUUUGCCUGUUAGUGAUUUGGGUGUUAGGAAAGGUGUCCAAUUGUUGUAUAUGUUGGAUGAUUUGCCUAAGCCGUCGCAAAUGGAACAGCUUUGUGAGAAAUGGAGACCGUAUAAGUCGGUUGGGGCUUGGUAUAUGUGGCGGUUUGUUGAAGGGAAGGGUUCCGCGGCUGGUGGGGGGCCUGCGGUUGGGUUGGUGAGCGAUGGUACGACCGAUCAGCAGAAUCAGCAGUUAGAGCAGUCUGAACAGCAACAGCAACAGCAACUUCAGUUGCAGCUUUUGGAACCUAUCAAUAGCAUUGGAAAUCUCGGGGCAUGCAUUUGGGGUCAAUGACAUGGGCACAGAGUCAACUGAUUAAAGUGGCAUAAUAUCUAGGGAGUUAUAGGAAACUUGCGAAGAUGAUUGGUAGAAUGCAGACCCGCAUUGUCAAAUUGAUUAACGGACUGCAUUUUGGUAUUGUAAAUGUAUUUGUCACAUACAAUAAUGAGCUGCUUUUUAUGUAUCUGAUCUUUUUAAGUUUUUUAUUUCCCCUUCAUUCACCAGAUGUACAAUUGAAGGAUUAUUUGGAGGUAUAUAAGCUCCAUUAUCCUACCAUUUUCUUUUGGUUUUUAA